AGUAACAUGCUCCAUCUAUAUGUUUAUAAGUGACGUUUUGCGCUAAAAACGCAACAUCUGUUCGUUUCAGCUGAAUUAAUGCUCUACGCUUAUCUACAUUCCUUUUCUCUUCAAUGCAAAUUCACAUAUUUUGUUUCACUCUAACUGUAAAAAGUGUAACCUAGUUCAGUUAAAAAGAACAGAACACCUCUCUCAUGUCGAUGAGACUGGGUCAGUAACAACAACGCGACAUAACCUGGAAAAAGGCAUCGAUUAAAAAGCGAUUUUUGCGCUGCGUUUGACGGCGUGAUAAAAGUCGUCAACAUUCAGUCUCCAUCAGGAAACACGACGAGCCAGAACGCGAUGAAGGAACCCGAUGUGGAUCCGAAGAACAUAAUAAAGAGCAGAGAGCUGCUCUACAGACUGAUAAUCAGUCAACUGUUCUACGACGGUCAUCAGACAUUGGCUGUGCAGCUGUCCAACAUGAUACAAGCAGAACCACCCUGUCCACCCUCGGAUCGGUUACUUCAUUUAAUGUUGAUUGGUGUUGCUCAUGAACCGGAUCGUUCCAAGAAGGAUAACAAUAAUGCAUCCACAUUUGCCAGUAGCUUUGACAACACUUUAGGGCCUGGAUUGGAUUUGGAAUUUGAGACCGAGGCUCAGACUCAAGCUCCAGAACCAGCACAGUAUGAAACUGCAUAUGUCACGUCCCAUAAAGGAAAUUGCAGAGCUGGAGCUUUUUCCGCGGAUGGCCAAUUGAUAGCUACUGGCUCUGUGGAUGCCUCGAUCAAAAUCCUGGACGUGGACAGAAUGCUCGCCAAGUCUGCACCAGAUGAAAUGGCACCUGGGGAUCAAACAGGUGGACAUCCAGUCAUAAGAACUUUGUAUGAUCACUUGGAAGAAGUGACGUGUUUGGAAUUUCAUCCUAGAGAACCCAUUCUUGUAUCUGGCAGUCGCGACUUCUCGGUAAAACUAUUUGAUUUUAGCAAAGCUAGUGUUAAAAAGGCAUUCAGGACAAUUACCGACGCCGAUCAAAUCCGGUGCUUGUCUUUCCAUCCGACCGGCGACUUCCUCAUAGUAGGGACUAAUCAUCCAGUAGUUAGAUUGUAUGAUGUGAACACUGCGCAGUGCUUUGUAUGCAGCAUACCAAACCACCAACAUACAGCAGGGAUCACAAGUAUCAAGUAUUCACCAGAUGCGAAGACUUAUGCAUCGGCAGGAAAGGAUGGGAGUAUUAAGCUGUGGGACGGCGUGUCGAAUCGAUGUAUAAAUACAUUUGUAAAAGCGCACGAUGGCUACGAAGUAUGCUCGGUGACCUUCACGAGGAACGGCAAGUAUUUACUGUCCUCAGGGAAAGAUUCCUUGAUAAAAUUGUGGGAAUUAUCUACCAGCAGAUGCUUGAUAGCAUAUACAGGUGCCGGGACUACAGGUAAACAAGAACACAAAGCACAAGCUAUCUUUAAUCAUACGGAAGAUUACGUAAUGUUCCCCGACGAAGCCACUACUUCUCUGUGCGCUUGGAAUUCACGGAAUGCGUCAAGAAAACAAUUAUUAUCGUUGGGUCACAAUGGUCCCGUGAGACUAAUUGUUCAUUCACCAACAGCACCAGCGUUUCUAACAUGCAGUGAUGAUUUCAGAGCAAGAUUCUGGUUCCGAAGAAUGCCGACUCAUUAAUUUAAUAUUGUUUAACUCGAAAGUCAAGGGACAUUUCGCACAGGAAAUUACUUCCGAUCGUUUCUACUUUACGAAAAUGCGGAGAUUAACGUUGAGAAGAGGUUUUAGAUCACAAUUUUACAUGCGUUGCCGGUGUAAUUCUGAAAGAGAGAAAUAGGUAUUUAGGCACUUUGGAUACACGUUCAUAUGGUCUUACGUUUCAUUCAGAUCCUAAGCAACGAACCUCCUCGCACGUUUCAGUUCUGCUACAUCAAGCUAAUAAUAUAUAAACGAUACUUGGUAAUUCUCAGCGCGGUUGUGCACGUUCUAUAAUAUGCGCAAGAAACAAAAAAAAAAUCUAUGUUCUGACACAACAUAUGAGACAGCGUAUGAAAGCGUUUUUAAUUCAGGUAAGUACGUAAUUGAGACACGAGUCGAUUAAAGUUAAAUCUAAUCGACACACGUUUACGAGAAGGGUCUUCUAAAUUGCGAUCGCUUAUUUACAUGUGGAAAGGAGAUGCGAGCAUCACAAACUCGAAAUGGUUAAUUAAUAUCUCCGUCGAAAAUUCGAACGCAUGAAAAUUGUAACAUCUUCGAUCUUUGCCGUGUUGCUCUGUGUGGAUAUAUUUGUAUUUCUAUGUAAUUUUGUAAAAAGCAUUGUUUAUAUAUUUAUAACAGCAAGUUAAUGUGAUUCUACGCGAUUACAUGUAAAGUACAUUAGAGAAUUAUGUACGGUGUUAUUUUUGUGCAAAUAAGUAGGCAGUGCAUACAUUUUA